UUUCGAUCUUUCUCUCUCCUCGGUCCUUUUCUUUCCUAUUCGUCGAGCUCAGACAGAAACCUCUUCGAUUCCGUACGCCGGCGAUCGUAAUCGCGGUGGCGCCGCCGCCGGAAAAGCUCCUCGAUUGCCGUCCAUACCCCCUCCACCCGCCCGCUCGCCAAACAUGGCGCCCAAGGGGCCCGAGGCGGAGAGCCCAUCCCCAACCAACGGGUCCGUUCGGAAGCGGACGGAGGCGCUGUCCCCGUCGUCGCCACGGAAGUACCGGUCCCUGGCGGAGAUUAUGCGUACGGCAAAGCCCUCGCCUCCUGUCACCGGUGAGUACUAUUCCGACUUCCGGUGCGAGCAGUGCCGCUCCGGCGACCGCGACGAGGAGAUGCUCCUCUGCGACAGCUGCGACAAAGGGUACCAUAUCUUCUGCCUCCGCCCGAUCGUCGUCAGGGUUCCCAGCGGUCCCUGGUUGUGCCCUAGUUGCGCUGGAGAACGGACGUUCCAAAGGUUUCCGUUGAUGCAGACGAAGAUCGUAGGCUUUUUCCGGAUUCAGAGGUGCUCGAUUACUGCUGAAGAGGAGAAAUGUAGGCCCUCCCAAGAUACGAGGAAGCAGAGGAGACGUUCCAUGCCAUUAAUUAUGCAUAAGAGGAGGAGAAGGAUAUUGCCAUUUAAUCCAACGGAAGAUCCAGUUCGAAGAAUUGAACAAAUGGGUUCUCUUGCUACUGCCUUAACAACACUGCAGAUGGAGUUCAGUAAUGAGCUAACUUACAUGCCUGGAAAGGCCCCUAGAUCUGCUAAUCAAGCAAUUUUGGAAAAAGGUGGCAUGCAGGUCCUUCCAAGAGAAGAUAAAGAAACGUUAGAGCUCUGCAGGGCCAUGUACAAAAGAGGAGAAUGUCCUCCACUUUUAGUUGUUUAUGAUUCACUUGAAGGAUUCACUGUACAGGCUGAUGGACAUCUAAAGGAUAUGACUUUAAUUGCUGAGUACACUGGAGAUGUGGAUUAUUUACUAAACCGGCAACAUGAUGAUUGUGACAGCAUUAUGACCCUUCUUUCUGCAACAAACCCAUCUGAUAGUCUAGUUGUCUGUCCUGAUAAAUGUGGAAAUAUUGCUCGCUUUAUCAAUGGCAUUAACAACCAUAAUCACACAGGAGGCAGGUCUAAGCCGGACGAUAGUGGGAUACACAAAAACUGGACAAGAACUUCUGCCAUUGCAUGGAUACAUGGGCAUCCUAUAAAUUAUGGCAUUCUACCGGCUAUAAAUUUCAGGAGCAAUUUAGUUUUGAUCUGUCUAAUUGGCAAAAGGUUGCCGCAUUCUAUAUCGAGAAGAAAGUUGCAUGGAUGGGGAAAUACAUGGUUGGAAACUUGCAUUGAUGGAUAUGUGAACCUAUUAUCCUUCUCAAUUGGUUCCUCUGAUGUGUCUUCAAAGUUGUAUCUUUUUUGGAUAAAUUAGAUGAUUGGUUAUUCAAAAGAGCUUUUCCAACCUCUGUAAAAGAUUUCAAGCUUUUCCUUUUUACAACAACAGAUUACCCCGGCUCAAGCUUUGAUCAAAUGUGGAACAUCAACUGAUCACCCCAGCAUGUGCGUGUGGAAGUGCACAUAUGUGAAUUUGAAAUUUCAUCUUCUUCUUUCAAAAAGAAUGGCCAGUCAUGGGUA